AUGUCUUUCACAGCUACUCAGGAAAAGGUUAAGAGCGAAGAAGUUGGCACCUUGAGUGCACGCACUCAAGGUGUUCACAACCUUUCAUCUGGUGGAAUCAAGUACAAGCAUAUCAGACCACAGUUCAAGGACAAAUACGAGGAGCGUAGACAUACUUUGGAGCAUAUGGCUGCUGUGUUUAGAGCUUUCGGUAGACGUGGUUUUGGUGAGGGUGCUGCUGGUCACGUGUCUGUAAGAGAUCCAGUAGACAGAAACACGUUCUGGAUCAAUCCUUUGGGUUUACACUUCUCUCAGAUGACAGUGUCAGCUCUAGUGCAUGUCGAUGAGGAAUGUAACAUUUUACCUGAUGGGAACCAGGCUGCUAUCAAUGCUGCAGGUUUCAAGAUCCACUCUCAUUUACACAAGGCAAGGCCAGAUGUUAAUGCUGCUUGUCAUACCCAUUCCACGUAUGGUAAGGCAUGGUCUGCGUUUGGUAAACCAUUAGAAAUGUUAAACCAGGAUGUUUGCAUGUUUUACAAGAAGCAUACUGUGUACGAGUCGUUUGGUGGUGUGGUAUUGGAAGAUGAGGAGGGACAAAGACUGGCUGAAGCAUUGGGUGAUAACAAAGCAAUCAUCUUACAAAACCAUGGGCUUUUGACCGUUGGAGAGACGGCGGAUGAGGCAGGCUAUUUAUUUACCUUGAUGGAGAAAUGUUGCCAAGUUCAGUUGCUCAUCGAAUCGGCAGUCAGAUCUGGUCUUGAAAAGAAAUUGAUUGGAGAUGAGGAGGCUGAUUUCACAUAUUUCAACACUUCGGACCCAGAAACAUUAUACACAGAGUUCCAAGUCGAUUACGAUCUCGAAAUGGAGCUAACCAACGGGGCAUUCCUCAAAUAG